AUGGAUCUGUUUUGGUGGCGAAAGGAACCGGAGCCACCACCGCCGCCGCCGCCAAGCGCCAUGCAGAAUCGAUUGAUUGAGUUCGUGGCGGGCUCGCUGGGUGGCGCCACGCAGGUGUAUGUCUCACAGCCGCUGGACACGGUUAAAGUGAAGCAGCAGACAUUUCCCUUCCUCUACAAGAACAUGUUUGAAUGUUUUGUAAACACCUACAAGAAGGAUGGCAUAUUUCGCGGCCUCUACGCGGGCAGUGUGCCGGCCGUUAUCGCAAAUGUGGCUGAAAACUCUGUGCUCUUUGCCGCUUAUGGCGGCUGUCAGUCCUUCGUGGCAUAUUUGGUGGGCAAAGAGAACCACAGUCAACUGAAUACGACGGAAAAUGCAUUUGCUGGCUUCUUCGCGGCGUUCUUUUCGACAUUCACGCUGUGCCCUACCGAGUUGGUGAAGUGCAAAUUGCAGGCGAUACGCGAGUCCCAUGAAUGUUGCCCCGGCAUACCAGCGAACGAGAAUAUGACGCCUUGGAAAUUAACCAAAAUUAUCUACAAAGCAGAGGGUGUGCCCGGCUUUUUCCGCGGUCUCACCUCGACGUUCAUGCGCGAAAUGCCUGGUUACUUCUUCUUCUUUGGCAGUUACGAGUUGACGCGAGAGCUACUCACUAAACCCGGUCAGACGAAGGACGAUAUUGGUCCACUUAGAACCAUGUUUGCUGGCGCCGUUGGCGGCGUUAUGCUGUGGACAAUGAUUUUCCCCGCCGAUGUUAUCAAGAGUCGCAUACAAGUGCAGGGUUUGAGUCACGGCAUGCUAACGGUGGGCGUCGAUAUUGUGCGCAAAGAGGGCAUACUGGCACUCUACAACGGUUUAUUGCCGUCUGUGUUACGCACGAUACCGGCGACGGCGACGCUAUUCGUAGUUUACGAAUAUACGAAGAAAAUAUUGCACGAGGAAUUCGAUCCCAAAAGCGCGCCCACGGACAAGAAAUAACAGUAAUUUUUCAA